AGAGAGGCAAGGCGUCAAACUCUCUCUGUUGCGCAGCACUGCCUUUGCUACGCAAGCCGCUCACCCCGUGGCACUUAAGAGGACUCAUUGAACAACGGCUGUCGAGGGCAGCAGUAGACACGCGGCACCACACAGAUAGGCCAAAAUGAAGGCCGCUGCUUGUACGUCGUUGGUAUGCCUCGCCUCGCUAGGAGGCACCGUAGCGUUCGUGGCAGCGCCACCAUCCGCUAGGCCGAGGUCAUCUUUCGUUGGCGAUGGGCUUGUGAGGGUUGGUGUGCCGUCGCGGGCGGGCGCCCAGUCAAGGCGGCCUGUCGCCGGCCUCAGCAUGCUGGUGGAGCCAACGGGGAAGGACAGCUUCAAGCAGAUCGAGGAAGAGGUUGACUCGGACCCGAUCAAGAAGUCUGUCAGCAAGAUGACUCCGGGGGUGGCUAAGGCCGUGUUGACGGGCGUCAUCCCAGUCGCUUCUGCGGUCGGUUACUUGGCAAUGCCCGGAGGCGUUGCGGUUUCAGCCGUCGGGGCCGUGGCUUCCGGUGUAGGGGGAAACUUGGCGAGGAGGAAGCUGAAGCAGGCCAGGCGGGAAUCGGCCCCUGCACAUGUGGCCGGGUUGCUGGAUGCCAAGGGCGUGGGGAACAUCACCCCGCUGGAGAUCAUGGAGUCCUUGGGCAGCUUCGGACUUGAAGGGGAGGAGGCGGAGGACGUCCUUAUCCAGAUCUUCUCCAAGUACGUGGUGGCUAUGUGCCAGAACUCGGCGACGAAGACUAGCGAGAUCAAGGAGCUCAGCGAGCUCAGGGAGACGCUCGGGUUGGACGGGCUCCUCAUGGGAGAAGCGCUCUACCAGGCAGCAUCGCCAGUGUACAGCCAGUUCGUGAUGAGGACCCCCUCCGCGGAGCUGGCAGACGAGUGGUCCCCCAACCGCCGGGCCUUGGACAAGUUCAUCUUCCUCUGCGACCGCAUGUUCGAGGUUUGCGACACCGAGGAGGCGUACUCGUUCGAGAUGAGCCGCAUCAGCAAGAUGUUUGACCUCAACCUCGGUGAGGUGAAGGAGCGCUGCGCCGCCAUCGCCAACCCCUUCUACCGGAAGGCGCUCGGCUCGGCCGCCGCGAAGUGGGAGUCGGUUAAGGCUGACCAGCUCAAGAGGGCCCGCCAGACGCUGGGGAUGGACGAGGAGGUGGCCCACGAGAUGCACAAGGAGGUUUACAGGGCGGAGGCUCUCAAGCUUGUCACGAAGGACGGGGAGGCCCGCGACAUGAAGCUCGACAGGGCGGACAAAGCUAGGCUCGGCAAGCUCGCCGCGGCGUUCGAGCUCUCCGAGGAAGACGCCACUGCGGAGUACGAAUCGGUGGUGAACCCUAUUUACGAGGAGCUGGUGGUGGAGUGCCUCGGCAAGAUAAUGAACGAGCCGGAGGCUUCCAAGCCGGACCUCGCCCGGAUGUACGGGGAGCUCAUGAUGUUCUCCGCGAACACGGGUCUUCGUUCGGAAAGGGCGGAGGAAUCUCUCCGCAACAUCAUGACGGCCAGCGUGCAGUACAUGUUCGAAGACGCUGCUCAGUACGUUCGUGUGGCAAACCAGAAGGAGGGCGCUAAGGCCGCUCGCGGCAUGGCAGCGUUCGUGCAGUCGACCUUGGACAUGGUCUCGAUCAACGUGGCUGACGACGAGACUGGGGAGAAGACUUACAACAUGGUCAUCGGGGAGUCCAUUAUUUCUGGAGAAUCGUACAGCGAUGCCCCUGGACUGUACGAGAUGUUUCUCAGCUCGUGCUUCGCCCAACCUGCGAUGGAGGAAGGCGACACCAAGACGAUUGCGCUCCUGGCCAAGCUGCUCGAAAUCGACGAGCUGCGACAGGUCAAGGCGUACCGCGAUGCGGCGGGGCCCCGCGUGCUCCGCCAGCUGACGGAGAGCGUGCAGUCUGGCCUGGAGACGGGCGUUUUCCCUCAGGAGGCCAAGGACGCCAACGAAGCCCUGAUCGAGAGCUUCAAGAUCCCGUACGUGGUGAUCGCGGAGCAAGCGAAGGACCUGUACAAAAAGACCCUCACCGCCUACGCCGGCGGCAACCGCAUCAUCACGGUGGACGAGAAGGACACCCUCGACAAGAUGGCCGAGUUCCUGUCCAUGGACUCCGCAGCUGUCGAUGAGAUCCACGCUGAGCUGUGCUCGACGACGUUCCAGAAGGCAGUGGCCGAAUCCAUGGGAGCCACCGGCGUUGUCGCCAAGGAGUACCGCUCCAAGCUCGACGAGUUGGCCGUGCGCCUGGGGCUCUCCCUUGAGUCCGCCAAGCUCAUGUUCCACGCCGCCAUCCGCCAGAGAAUGGGCCCGAUGAUGCAGCAGAUCAUGUACGAGUUCGAGCGCAGCGUCUUGAGCAAGGAGCAGCUGGCGCAGAAGACGGGCAAGGACAUGGGAGAUGACGUCAUGGGAGCAGAGGGAACCUUGGGUAUCGAGGGGGGUGCGGCCGUAACCUCGGACGUGCUCGCCUUGAUCGACUUCUACGUGGACAAUGGCAUCAUCGAGGAGGGAGAGGACGGAGCGGAGGACGUCUACCCCGUAACGGCCAAGCAGAUCGGCGGCAACAGCGACGAGAUGCUGGCGGCGCUGUACCAGAAUUUCGUGGUCAACGGCUUCAGCGUGGAGGGUGAGCAGCUCAAGCGCUACGAGCAGGGGCAGAGCAAGCUGGCGGGCAUCCUCGGCCUCGAGGCGGACGUGAAGAUGAAGAUCCACCGAGAGAUCGGCGGCACCGUGAUCAGGCGUUUCGUGAACCAGGAGCUGGCCAAGCAGGGCAAGAUGAGCGCUCAGGGAGUAGCGUUCUUGGCGAACAUCAACUCCAGGCUCAAGAUGCCCCAGGAGAUGUUCGAGUCGAUGGUGUCGGACUGCAAGCAGGACUAUGUCCGCAGGAUGGCGGACGAGCUCUUCAGAGUCAGCGUGCUUUCCGCUAAGGAGUGCAAGAGGCUGAGGACCAUCACGGAGAACUGCGGGUUCACCCUUGAGAACGAGGGGCAGCUGGACCUGUCAGCUCGCAAGAACAUCUUCCAGAUCGAGGCGGAGGACAUGAUCGAGAACGGGGACAUGGAGGGGGACAACGGCAAGGAGUUCGUAGAAGAGUUGCAGGCGAUACAGGAGUCUUUGAGCCUGACGACGGAGGACGCGCAAGACGCCCUGGUGGCGCUGCUGGAAAGCAGGUCUAAGGGCAUUCUCAAGAACGUCAAGGCUGACGCCAUCGAGAGGAGAGACGCGAACAUUCUCAAGGCCGCAGAGCGCCUUCUCAAGUACUGCCGACUGGCCGGAGGCAUGGCGGUGGAGAAUGACCUCGACCAGCGGCAGCGUAACGUCGUCGUCAACGCCUACGAGGCCAAGCACGCGGGUUCCAUCGAGGAAGGGUCGGAGGGGGAGGCGGAGGAGCGAGCGAAGGUUGCGGCCGACUUGGAUUUGUUGAAGAUUGCCAUCGGAGUCACGUCAGAAUAGAAACGUGCGCAGUUUUUGAUUGAGGGUGUGUCCAAAGCUGCCGUGAGCGCCAGAGUGGCUGUGCGGGGUGUCUAGGUGAUGCAAGGCAAGCAGGCCGGGCGGCAUAGACGCUGUUGGUCGUGGUCUUCUAGUGGGUCCGGAGGGAUCGGGGCGACGCGCAUUAGAAAGUGGGCUUGGCCCCUCCCUCGCCCGCCCUCCCUCAAAACGAUUGACCAUCGGUGAUCGUUCAUGUGGGAAUAAUCGUUCGUGCUCUCUAGGCCAAUGUGCUAACCAACAGCUAAGGCAUGCAAUAUUUGUGUCUUUCUCUACCUCAGCUUGUUUGCGGAACACGGGACAAGGGCAUCGAAAGGGUUGGGCUUGCCGGUCAUUGUCGAACGGCACGCGGGGGGUAACAUGGAAAGCAGCAGCCCUUGUUUUGCGCCGCUUCUGUAGGUGUUCCUAGAGCUUUCACCAUGAUGGAGACCGUAGCGUACUAGCAACGCGACACAUUAGGACGUUCGUCUGACGGUGCAAGAGAUGUUUUGUUUUGUGCGUGUGGCAAGACGGAGUACGUGGACAUCGCGGUCUUGGAAGGUGAUGUUGUUCUGAAGUUGGGAGAACAUUAAAGCGGGUCGAGAGGUAACUUGAUGAGGGGCUGAUGCGAUCGUGUGUAGGAUGCCGCAAUCGUGCACCCCGCCCCGGCUUGCGUCGUCUACCGAACGAAUACUACUUUCGAUGGGGUUUCACUCUUUCGUAGUCCGUACCCGCUCACGUCUGCAAGGAUGUUUCGUCCUUCUUUUUCUUUCUGCCAGAACUUGCGUCUUGCUUGCGUAGCCCCUUGAUACUCCGUGCGAUAGUCUCCGAGCUGUUUGCGUGGCACGUCUCCGUUUGUCCUGUCCUUUCGUCGUGAGGGGGUUCCCGCCAACGGGGGGGUUCAGGGGGAGGGGGGAUGACCACUCUAUCUUUUUCCAAUGAACACCCGCACCCGGGUUUGGUAUCAGGCGUGUUUCGUUGGAGCAGCUGGUGGAUAUCGCCUGUUGUCUCUGGGAAGUGGGCGUGGGGAAUCGAUCGCGAGCGCGUAGCCGCUUUGCUGUCUGUGUUGUCUUUGUCGUCUUCGUUGUUUUUUUAUUCCCCGCUAGGUCUUCGUUUUUUUCAAAAUCAAACAGGUUUCGCAUGGUUUUGCCUUUUUUUUUUUUAUAAUUUUGGGUUCAUCUGAAGACUGUCGAUGUGGGUUGGCUUCCCCAAAAGCACUCGUUGUGUGGUGUACGUUCUUAUUUAGAAUAAGCACGACGUGCAUGGCACCUUGUAGCUAUUCCGAUGACCACCCAGUUGGCUUCCCCAAACUCACUCAAAGUUCAUGAGAGCUACAGAU